CACUUCCGCUGACGUCGGAGGUCAGAGGCGACAGCAAGAUGUCGGGUGACGGUCGCUUUGAGCGGUUGCUAAGAGGAGCAUCUCGGUGACAGAAGUUAAUCGCAGAGUGAUUAGGAGCCCCAAGUCUAGGGAAGCGCGUUUGAGGCGCCGGCCGAUCCGAAAGGGCCGGAUCUGAGGGCCGAGUGAGCCCCGGCCUCGGGGCGUGACUGUUCAGACCGCGGGAGAGCGAAGAGUGUGAGGUCCCCGAGACCGGUGAUGCCAGGCAGCCCCCCGGGAAGUGGGGAAUCCAAGGUUCCUGGGACCGCUUCAUGCCGCCGACUGGUUUAGAGCCCGCCAGAAUGAACAGGAAGAAAGGAGACAAGGGGUUUGAAAGCCCAAGGCCAUAUAAAUUAACCCAUCAGGUGGUCUGCAUCAACAACAUAAACUUCCAGAGAAAAUCUGUUGUGGGAUUUGUAGAACUGACUAUAUUUCCCACAGUUGCAAACUUGAAUAGAAUCAAGUUGAACAGCAAACAGUGCAGAAUAUACCGAGUAAGGGUCAACGACUUAGAGGCUGCCUUUAUUUAUAAUGAUCCAACCUUGGAAGUUUGCCACAAUGAAUCAAAACAGAGAAAUCUCAAUUAUUUUUCCAAUGCUUACGCAGCAGCAGUUAGUGCUGUGGAUCCCGAUGCGGGAAAUGGAGAACUUUGCAUUAAGGUUCCCUCAGAGCUAUGGAAACAUGUCGACGAGUUAAAGGUCCUGAAGAUACACAUCAAUUUCUCUUUGGAUCAGCCAAAAGGAGGUCUUCAUUUUGUGGUACCCAGUAUAGAGGGAAGCAUGGCUGAGAGAGGCGCUCAUGUUUUCUCCUGUGGGUAUCAAAAUUCCACAAGGUUUUGGUUCCCGUGUGUUGAUUCAUACUCUGAAUUAUGUACAUGGAAAUUAGAAUUUACCGUAGAUGCUGCAAUGGUGGCUGUUUCCAAUGGCGAUUUGGUGGAGACAGUGUAUACUCAUGAUAUGAGGAAGAAGACCUUCCAUUACAUGCUUACCAUUCCAACAGCAGCAUCAAACAUCUCCUUGGCCAUUGGACCUUUUGAAAUACUUGUAGAUCCAUAUAUGCAUGAGGUUACUCAUUUUUGUUUACCCCAGCUUCUUCCAUUGCUUAAACAUACCACGUCGUAUCUUCAUGAAGUCUUUGAGUUUUAUGAGGAAAUUCUUACAUGUCGAUACCCGUACUCUUGUUUUAAAACUGUAUUCAUCGAUGAGGCUUACGUUGAAGUGGCUGCCUAUGCUUCCAUGAGCAUUUUUAGCACAAAUCUUUUACACAGUGCCAUGAUUAUAGAUGAGACACCUUUGACUAGAAGGUGUUUAGCCCAGUCCUUGGCCCAGCAGUUUUUUGGAUGUUUCAUAUCUAGAAUGUCUUGGUCUGAUGAAUGGGUUCUAAAAGGAAUUUCAGGCUAUAUUUAUGGACUUUGGAUGAAAAAAACUUUUGGUGUUAAUGAGUACCGCCAUUGGAUUAAAGAGGAACUAGACAAAAUAGUGGCAUAUGAAUUGAAGACUGGUGGAGUUUUACUACACCCCAUUUUUGGUGGCGGGAAGGAGAAGGAUAAUCCAGCAUCACAUCUACACUUUUCAAUAAAGCAUCCACAUACGCUAUCCUGGGAAUAUUACACCAUGUUCCAGUGUAAAGCUCACCUUGUGAUGAGACUGAUUGAAAAUAGGAUCAGUAUGGAAUUUAUGUUACAAGUUUUCAAUAAACUGCUAAGUCUGGCUAGUACUGCUUCAUCUCAGAAGUUCCAGUCACAUAUGUGGAGUCAGAUGUUGGUUUCCACAUCUGGGUUUUUGAAAUCCAUCUCCAAUGUUUCUGGCAAAGACAUCCAGCCUUUAAUAAAGCAGUGGGUAGACCAGAGUGGAGUGGUAAAAUUUUAUGGAAGUUUUGCAUUUAAUAGAAAACGAAAUGUCUUGGAAUUGGAAAUAAAACAAGAUUAUACAUCUCCUGGAACUCAGAAAUAUGUGGGGCCACUUAAAGUGACAGUGCAAGAGUUAGAUGGAUCCUUCAAUCAUACAUUGCAAAUUGAAGAAAACAGCCUUAAACAUGAUAUACCCUGCCAUUCCAAAAGCAGAAGAAAUAAGAAGAAAAAAAUUCCACUGAUGAAUGGAGAAGAAGUCGACAUGGAUCUUUCUGCAAUGGAUGCUGAUUCCCCGUUGCUGUGGAUAAGGAUAGACCCAGAUAUGUCAGUACUGAGGAAGGUAGAAUUUGAACAGGCAGAUUUUAUGUGGCAGUACCAGCUCCGCUAUGAGAGGGAUGUUGUGGCACAGCAAGAAUCCAUCUUAGCCUUGGAAAAGUUCCCUACUCCAGCAUCUCGGCUUGCACUCACUGACAUAUUAGACCAAGAGCAGUGUUUCUACCGAGUAAGAAUGUCGGCUUGCUUCUGCCUUGCAAAGAUUGCAAAUUCAAUGGUGAGCACGUGGACAGGACCACCAGCUAUGAAGUCACUCUUCACUAGAAUGUUUUGUUGUAAAACUUGUCCAAACAUUGUGAAAACAAACAACUUUUUGAGCUUUCAAAGUUAUUUUCUGCAGAAGACUAUGCCAGUAGCAAUGGCUUUAUUGAGAGAUGUUCAUAACCUCUGUCCCAAAGAAGUCUUAACAUUUAUUUUAGACUUAAUCAAGUAUAAUGAUAACAGAAAAAAUAAGUUUUCAGAUAACUAUUAUCGUGCAGAAAUGAUUGAUGCCCUUGCCAACUCCGUGACACCUGCAGUUAGUGUGAAUAAUGAAGUUCGCACCGUGGACAACUUGAGUCCUGAUGUGCGACUCAUUCUUGAAGAAAUCACCAGGUUUUUGAAUAUGGAAAAACUUCUUCCAAGCUAUAGACAUACCAUCACUGUCAGUUGUUUGAGAGCCAUACGGGUGCUUCAGAAGAAUGGACAUGUGCCAAGUGAUCCAGCUCUUUUUAAGUCUUAUGCUGAGUAUGGCCAUUUUGUAGACAUUAGGAUAGCAGCUUUGGAAGCAGUUGUUGAUUAUACUAAAGUGGACAGGAGUUACGAAGAACUACAGUGGUUACUUAAUAUGAUUCAGACUGACCCUGUACCCUAUGUAAGGCAUAAGAUUUUAAACAUGUUGACUAAGAAUCCACCCUUUACUAAGAACAUGGAGUCUCCCUUAUGCAAUGAAGCACUGGUAGAUCAGCUUUGGAAACUUAUGAACUCUGGUACUUCACAUGACUGGAGGUUACGGUGUGGCGCUGUGGACCUGUACUUCACACUUUUUGGCCUCAGUAGACCUUCCUGUUUACCUUUACCAGAACUUGGGUUGGUUCUUAAUCUGAAGGAGAAAAAAGCUGUGUUGAAUCCUACCAUAAUUCCAGAGGCAGUAGCAGGCAACCAAGAAGCUGCGAGUAAUCUAAGCCACCCACAGCUAGUUGGAUUUCAGAACACCGAAGAUGAUCACCUUGCCAAGGAAGCAUCAUGUAAUAUAUCAGCUCAUCAGCAGGGAGUGAAGAGGAAGGCUGAUACAUCACUGGGGUCCCCACUAGAACCUGGUCAAAUACUGGAGAAGAAUGAGGAUAGCAGUAAAGUCAAACUCAAAAUCAGAUUCUCAAAUUCCCAAGACGAGGAGGAAAUUGAUAUGGAUACUGUUCAUGAUAGCCAGGCUUUCAUUUCUCAUCAUUUGAACAUGCUGGAAAGGCCCUCAACUCCAGGGCUCUCUAAAAUUCGGCCAGCUAGUUCCCGGUCGGCUUUAGCACCCCAGCACUCAUCAGGCUGCGAUGGCACACCCACCACGAAACCCCCAUGGAGUAUGGAGCUUGCACGUAAAGGAACAGGUAAGGAGCAGUCCCCUUUGGAGCUGAGUGUGCAUCCGGCAGGGGCAGCUCCGCUCUCAGCGUUCACAAAGGAGCCGGCCGCCUCCAGACACGGCGAGCACCACCACCACCACCACCACGAGCACAAGAAGAAGAAGAAGAAGCACAAGCACAAGCACAAGCACAAACACAAGCACGACAGCAGGGAGAGGGACAAGGAGCCUCUCACCUACCACAGCCCCGCCGGCGGCAGGUCCCUACGUUCCCCUUCCCUCUCCGACUGAGCAGGCCGCGGAGAGACUGUUCCCUCGGCGUCCGGGGGAGUGUGUGUAAGACAGCUUCGUCCUCAUGAAGGACGGUAAAGGGAAGGACAAGGAGCCUCUCAGCUACCACAGCCCCGGCGGCGGCAGGGCCCUCCAUUCCCCUUCCCUCUCCAGGCCGCGGAGAGACCGUUCCCUUGGCGUCCGGGGGAGUGUGUGUAGGACAGCUUCGUCCUCAUGAAGGACGGUAAAGGGAAGGAAAGGAGACAAGAGAUGCCUCAUAGAAAUUCAGAACCCAUUUAAAUUCUGAACAUUUGAUUUACAUUAUUUAUACAGUUGAGAUCUAAUUGGGAAAAUGUGUUUUCUAGUUUGGCUAGCCCAUUUUAUCCUGUUCCCUCUUUAACACACACACACACAGCAAACUUCUUGUCCUGUGGCUCUCAUAGCUGCGGGCAGCCCCAUUCACAGGGUGCUGUCCGUGUGCACUGCCAAAGCCAGGUACAUCUCUAAGCCUUCGGUGGGUGUUAGCGAGCAAAGUUACGUUGGAAACAGAAGCACCUGCCAAACCUGUGCUGAAACCACUGUGGCCAGCGAGAUAGCGUGUAACACCAUGUGGACCUGCUGAACAGGCGGAGGCGUUUCUAUAGUCAUCUUCCUCUAUUGCACUGUUUUUUGUGUUGACCAUAGAAGCUAAACUCCAGAAUUUAUGAAUAAAAAUAUAUUUUCUCUUUCCUAAAAAACUAGAAUUUUCAGGAGCAGCUCUUUUCUUUUUUUUAAUCUUGAACGAUUAUCUUCUGAUAGCACCAUUUGGUGAUUAUGAUGUUGGAAUUUUAUCUGAACUAUCAAAUCUACAGUUCUCAAAUCAAGAUGUUUAAAUUACAAGGUUUUUAUGUUCGUUUUUUGGUGAGGCAGCUUUUUCCUCCCAUUGAGUGUAAGCAAAUAUGUUCAUAUGUAAAAUAUGUUUUGCCAAGUGUGGACAAUUUAAAAAUAUUUACAUACCCAACACAUGUUCUUUCUAAAAUUAUUUCUGUAAAACACAAAGUGUGGUACCUUGCACAGGUGAAUUUACAUGCUGUUUAUUAAUUUGGACAUAGACAAUUUGCCGUCACACGAGUGUAAACCAAAAGCAUUUACAGACACAUGAAAAGUUUUGGUUUCAUACUUGAACAGUUUGUAUGGUUGUGUGUUUUUAUUUUUCUUAUUUUAUAAUGUGUUUUAUUGUUGGUUUAAAAAUGUCUUCUUUACCUGUUUUAUUUUUUUAUCAUUUCUCUUAUCAUUAUAACAUUUGACAAAAUACUUCUUCCCAGAAUAAUUUCAAAAGGAUUCCAGUAAUGGUAGACUUUUAAAUAUACUUUUAGUUGUGUUUAACUUGUUUAAUAAAUAACUUUUAAAUUGAUCAUUCUGCUAAUGUAUCUUUUUAUGUCUUUUGAUACCUUUCUUUGUGCGUAUUGAUAAUAUACCUAUCCACCAAAUUUGAGGAGAGCUUUUUGGGCAGGUGUGAUUUCAGUAGGCAGAAAUGGGGUAGAGUUCUCUUGGCGAAGAAAUAGUGUCUUUAAAGGUAUGGAGAAAAGCAAGGACAUGUUUAGGAAUUGGAAAGCAAUGCUAUUGUCCUGGAGUAUAAGGUGCAAAGAGAAUGUGAUCAGAUGUUGAAGAGCUUAAAUGGCAGUUAUUUAAAGAUUUCAAUUAAUUGAGUGUUGACCAACUGAAGUCAUUUUAGGAAAAUGGAAUAUUUUUUAUUAGAGUGUGCAGUGAUACCAAAUAUAGAAUUCUAAACUUUGAAAAUAUAAGGGCACAUUUCAAAAUACUAAUUCGUGUUGUAGGAAGACAGUGUGGCGAGUUAUAGCUAUCUACCAAAAUUUAAGCCCCUCUUGCAUAUUAAGCAUUGUACUAGGAACUGUGUGUUAUUUCUCAGUUGGAUGUUUCUGCUGAGAAACAUUUU